AUGAUCUAUAAAAUUAUCAAUACUAAUUUAGUCACACUUUUCUCGUUUUUAGCUAAUCCAACAAACUUUAAAAUACCACAUUCAGUUUAUGCUUUAGGAAUAUUUGUUUACUUUGUCUAACCAUACUCCAAAUUAUUUAUUAAUUAAAGCUAGACUGAUACAUUCAUGAGCUAUUUUGCAAAAUUUUCAUCAGUAAAUUACUUAUCAAAAAUAGUAUACAACCAUAAUACAAUUUAUAUAAUAAGAAAAUACAGACUCAACAUUUUGGGUGUUUUAUAUACUGCUGCAUUUACCAAUUUUAAUUAUAAUUGUAUUACUAAUAUUGAAUUCAUUUUAAUAAAAUUUUGGUAGAGAAAUUAAGUAAUUUUUAAAAUUAAUUUGAAGUAGCCCAAUAUAUUAAAGUCUUAGGAGUUUCUAUAGUGUUUGGCUAAGCUUUUAUUCAUUCAUUUUAUCAGAAAUAUAUUUAGAAUUUAAUUCGCAACUUAUAGUAAAACUAUAGAUAAUUAUUUAGUUUUCAAAUUCUUAUAUUCAAAAAUUUGUUGGAAUAGUUUUUGGUUCUUGCUCUCUUGUAAUUUCAUAAAUAUCCUGUUUUAUUUGUCAAAGCCAUGAAUUUAAUGAUAUAAAUAGAUACAAAAGGAAAACAUCAUUAUUUUAGAUUUCUUAGGUUUUGAAAGCAUUAAUUACAAUUUCAUAAUACUUUCCAGAAAAUUAAUCUAAGUUAUCAAUAGUUAUUUGCAUUAUUUUAUUUAGUUUAACAUCAAUUUAUGAUAGUUUAAUACAAAUGCCUUUUCCUUCAGUAUAUUUAACCGAAUGGUAUAUGAGUAGUACAUUAGCUUUUACGAUGGCUUGCCUUAUUUAGAUAUUAUUUACAUAUGAUUUGAUUCAAGAAAAUUGUAGUAUUUAUCUUAUUAUUGGAUUAUGUCCUUUAUCUUAUCACCUAGGAUUAAGUUUAUAUGAAGAUAAAUUUAUUGAAUUGAUUUAAAAUAGAAAUAUACAAGAUUUCUGGAUUUAUUCUUAAGAAUUGAUUGAAAUGUAUUCAUUAUAAUAAUAAAAAUUGAUGAUUUAUAUCUCUAUUCGAAAUCACAUCAAUUAUUGCUAGAAUAUUGGAUGCUAUUGUUAAAAAUAUGGGAAAAAUUUAAAAUUAGAUAGCAACUGUUAAAGUAUUGUAAAUGGUAAUAAUGAGAUGAAUCUAAAUUAUAGAUGCCUAAGAGAAUUGAAUUUAAAAUUUGAUGAUAUUGUUAAAUUAUUGGAUUCAUUAUUUUUUUAGACUUUAAAUCAUCCAUAAUUAUAAAGAAAGGAUAGAUUAAAUUAUUUGUAUGCUUCAUUCUUAGAAAAAUACUCAGGUAAUAAAUUUAUGAGUUAUUAUUUUCUUAAACUAUUUUGUUAUAAAAAUAAAACAAAAUUAAGUUACUUUUACAGAUUAGUUUAUCCAUCAAUUAUUAAAGUAAUUAAUUUAAUUAUUUAGAAAUUAGAACUUAAAUUGAUUUAUUUCAAUAAAAUUUAAUAAGAAAGUAAUUAAAAAGAUCCUUUAGUUGAAGAUUUAUCUUUAGAAACUGUAAUACAACUAGAAGAUUCUUGUUCUAAUUAUUAAAAAUCAUUCCUGCAAAUUCUGACUCAAAAGAUAAUUGUUUGGCAAAUAAUUGAAAAAGGUAGUGAAUCAAUUUUAGUAUUUCUAAAAAAGAUUUAUAAACCAAUGAUGGAAAUUGUAAUUUAAAAUAAAAAGAUAUAGCAUGAGAUAUCUCAACUGUCAUAAAAUUUUGAAAAUGUUGGAUUUAUAAAAAUCCUUUAAUUAAGUUAUUUAAUAAUAUUUAAUUCUAUGGGAAGAGUAAAUAUUUUAGAGUAGAAAAUAUAAGAAUUAAAGAGCAGAGAUUAAUAUAGAGAAGACAAUGGUUUGAAUAAUUCUAAUUUAAUGAGGGGAUAGUUUACUUUAAUUAAGACAGGCCUUAUUAAAUCUUUAGGGUAUAUUAUAAGUAAAAAUGAAGAGAGAAUAGAAGCUUUUUUUAAUUAUAAUCGAGAUGAAUAAACUAAAAUCACAAAUAUCAAUUAAUUGAUGCCACCUUUUAUAGCAAAUUAUCAUAAUCAAAUUAUUCAAUAAUAUAUUUAAAAUGGAUCAACUUACUUAUUACAUGAUAAUAGAAAAGUUUUUGUUUAAAAUAGAAACUAAUUUAUAUUCCCUAUUGUAUUAUCUUUAAGAAACGAUUUUUCAAAUUUUGAGGAUUGUAUUUUUAAUGUUUGUAUGUUGAAGGUUUCAUUUUAAGAUUGUAUAAUGUUUGAUUCACGUGGUUCUAUAUUAGGUAUGAGUGAAAAUUUAUUCUCCUUAUUAUCUGAUUCUGAAAAACUUUUUACAUAUUCAGAUUUACUUAAAUAUGGAAUAGUUUAGGUUUUAUUUCCAAAUUUUUAUAAACUUUUAGAUGAAAUAGAAUAAUACUAAAAUAAUUAAUAUAAAGAUAGUAAUGAUUUUGCUGUUUUAGAGUUUGAAGAUUUAAAAUCAUCAAUCUAUACAAAUUCAAAUAUGAUAAAUUUAUGUUAAUAAUAUCAAAAUCAUUCUACAGGUAGUUAGUAUGAAAAAGAAUUAUCAAAGAUGUCAACAACUAAUAAUAAGUUAGAAUUAUUUGAUAAAAGAGAUAGAGAAUUAAUGAAAGAAUUUGCUUAAGAAUAAAAGAGCUAUAAAAAAUCAUCAAAAGGGUUUCAUUUAAGAUUUAAAUUGUAAAAGUUUGAAAAGAAUUUCAUAGGUUUAUCGUAAGAAUUUUGUAAUUUUGUUGGUUCUGAUUUUUAGAAAUAAAAUAAUUUAGCUUAUUUUAUAAUAGAUAUAUAAGAGAUAUCUUAGACUUAAUCUAAAAUUAAUUAAACUGUUUCAACAAUAACUUAAUUUUUAACAAUAACUCAUAAUAACACAUAAACAGACUAACGAGUUUCAACUUCUUUUUUUAAUAAAGAAAUCUAAUACAAUUCAUAAAUGAAUGAAGAUUUUGAUGGUUAAGAAGGAAAAGGAACAUUGUAAUUCAAUAUUUCACUUAGUUAGCCUAUGUAACCUGUUUUUUAAGUUGAAUCACCAAGAAUUUUAUUAGAGACACCUAAAGAUACUGAAAGAGGAAUGCUAAGUAAUAAGAAUUAAUCAUAAGAUUUGUUUGGAUAAUAACGAUAUUUUAAAAAUAUGUUUGAUAGUGUUAAUGAAAAAUAAUUAAAAUAAAAAGAAUUAAGUGAUCCUAAACAUAUUUCUAAGAAUGGAUUACAAGAUGAUGGAAUUAAAGAAUUUGAAGAUGAUUUAGAGUUUGAAUUUUCAAAUUAAUAAUAGUAAUAGCAGGAAAUAAUAUAAGAUCCAACAAAAUUAUAGAAGUAAUAAUGUUAAGUUUAUGUGAAGAAGAUAAAAUAAAAUAAAUAGAAACGAGUUUUAGAUGAAUAAUAAUCAACAACCAGUCGAAUGUCAAAAGCAGAAAGAGAAAAUUUAGAAAAAAUUUACAUGAAUUCUAAAAUGCCGAAUUAAUUCUAUCGCUUAAUAUCGUCUUGGAUAUUUUUUAUUUUCAUAUCCUUGAUGUCUGUAGUUACUUUAUCCAUUCUAAGUGUAAGUAUGUUAGAAGAUGUAAUUACUACUAGUGCUCAUUUACUAAUUCCAUAUUAAUUUAAUAGAGCAUAUAUUAAUAGUGCAUAAUAAGCUAUUUAUGUACAUAGCCAAUAAUUUUAAGAAGCUAAUUAGAAUCACUUUAAGAAUUCAAUUAAGGCAAUCUCUGAUUCUAUUACAAAAACUACUUUUACGUAUAGAGAACUCUUAAAUGAAGAAAUUGAUUAAUAUAUUAAAGUUGAAGAAUAAAACAUUCCAAUUAGGAUCUAUACAAAUUAAGAUUCCUAUUAAGAGGAGGAAAUAAAUAUCUAUGAUUUUCUUGUGAGUAAUUAUUAAAUAAUGUCAUCAAUUAAUGAAACAAAUUAAUUUCUUAAUUUAAUUAGUAGAUUUUAUGAUAUAACCGAAUGUACAGAUGUAAUUAAUGAUUUUCAAAUGCAAGGCAUUAUUGAUGACAUUGAUUAAAUGAGGACUGUUUAAGAUUAUAUUACUUUUUUAACAAUUGGAAUAUUGGUAUUACCAUUAUUUCCAUAUUUAAUGAAUUAUAAAAAACUGAAUAUUUAUUAAGAAAAAAUUGUUUUAUUAAUAACAAGAGUCAAUAUAAAUGAAUAUUAAAAAGAAGUAAAUAAAUUAUCAGAAAUAAUUACGCAUAUAUCAAAAUUGAAUAGAUUAAAUUUAGUAACUACUGAUUUUAUUUCAUAAGAUAUUCUUAAUGAUAGACUAAAUAAUUCUCUUAAACCUAAUUCUAAACAAUAAAUAUUAUAAACUAAAAUUUAUGAUGUGAAAUUGUCAAUGUGGUUUGAGAUAUCUAUUUUAAUAUUCAUAUUUUUUAGUAUGAUCAUCUAUUUGAUCGGAGGACUACUAUUUUCAAAUUAGAUUCCAAAUGACUAUUUAGCUAGAGCAGAAUAAUAUGUACAUUUAUCUCAUGAAUAUCAACAUAUAUAACAUUAUAAUUUGUUAAAUGAAAUCAUUGUCAACAAUUAUACUACUGAAGGUUUAGCAGAUAUUUAUGCAAAAUAUGAUGAGGCAAUUUAAAGCUAUAAAUUCUUACCAUUACCAUUAACAAAAGAAGAUGGAAUAUUGGAGUUUCUUAAUGAAAUAUACUAUAAGGAUCUAUGCAUUAACUCAAAUCAUUAUGUAUGUGGACAAGAAUAAUUUCGAAAAAGUUACUAGAAUGGUUUAAAUGGAGUACUUCAAAAUAUUAAAUUAUUAUUUUAUUAAGAAAAUUUUUAAAGAUAUAUAAGUGAUGAAUAUUGGGCACUUAUUGUAUUUUUUCCUUCAUUUAUUGAACCAUUUAUUUACCAAAUUAUUUAAGAGAAGAAUUCAUAUUUAAGCACUUACAUCUAUAAUUUAGAAAUAGGAUGUCUACUUUAUUAUUUAGCCGGAGGAUUAAGUAUAAUUCUGUUUAGUUUAAUAUACUUCUAUAAAUAAAGUGAAAGUAAAUUCUUAUUAUUAUAAUUUUAGUACUUCACAAUUUAAUUUAUUUGGUAAGACAUUUACUAAUGUUUAUUCCAUAUGAAAAAUUUAACGAACAAAUCACACUAUCUUUAUUGAAAUAAAUAAAGGAAUAUUGA